AUGUCAAUCAACACCCCAAAUAACUCCGACUACGAUGAUAGUGAUACUCCUAUUGCGCCAGUUUCUAUCGAUCCCGAUGCAAUCACCACCAGCUCGCUAAAGGCUCUUCAAUCGACAGAUCAACGCAAGAUUAUGGACAUCGUAGACAAGCUUCGGCGCACCGGUUUGAACGGCAUUGUUGGCCUUCCUCAGCUCGUUGUUUGCGGUGAUCAGUCGAGUGGCAAGAGCUCUAUUCUUGAGGCUAUCACUGAGAUUCCGUUUCCGCGUAAGGAGAACCUGUGUACGCGUUUCGCUACAGAAAUCAUCUUGCGUCGCUCACCCUCCUCAACCAUAUCAAUCACGAUAAAUCCGGACAAGAAUCGCCCGAAGCACGAGGUUACGAAAUUGAGAUCAUUUCAUAAGUCAAUUACCAACUUCCUUGAGCUUCCGGAUAUCAUCGAAGAAGCCACUCAAGUUAUGGGGCUUGGCCGUGUUGGCGAAAUCAACUCUCACGCCUUCUCUCGAGAUGUACUUUCUGUUGAGAUUUGCGGACCGGAUCGACCUCAGCUGUCAAUACAACGAACUCCCACGCGCGGAAGUGUUGGUAUCAGCUCACUGCACGAGCUACUUAGCAAAUUGUUGCUGAGCCAUCUUAUCAAAGAACUUCCCCAUCUGCAGGACGAGAUGGCGACGAAAUACCAAAGUACUCUGGACAAUAUCCAGAAGCUGGGCGAAAAACGCAGUACAGCUUAUGAGCAACGAAUGAUGCUUAUGAAGAUCAGUAUGCACACCCACGAUAUAAUCAAGUCUGCUAUCAAGGGCUCCUACGAGCACGACUUUUUUGGUUCCGUUUCUAUCGAUACUGCUGUAGAUUCAGCUGAGAACAUUCGACGCUUCCGCGCAGUGAUUCAACACCUGAACGUUAUCUCUGAAGAUGAUGACUCAGACGUGGACAAUGACGACAAAGCUCAGAGUGAACCGGACGACCUGGAGAGUCUACCCACACGUACGUUUCUCCCCCAGCCAAAGCUGUUCACUCGUAAUGAGGCUAUCAUUUGGGUGCAGAGAGUUCUAGAACGCUCCCGUGGGACUGAACUGCCGGGUUAUGUCAACUCAAUGUUGAUCAGUCAGUUGUUUUGGGAGCAGUCUCAGCCUUGGCAGCAGAUUGCUUCAGAGCACAUUGCCACUGUUGCUAAGAAAUGUAAGCAGUUCGUUUAUGCUUUUCUUCAGCAUACUGCCCCUUCUGAAUUCCAUGGCCAGAUUGGAGGUAUCAGUGUCGAUGCUGCUUUGAAGAAUGCGCUCGAGGAAUGCAAGAAUGAGCUGCGGAAGAUCGUAGAAGACAAGCCGCGUGAUCCCAUGACGUACAAUCAUUACUACACCACGACAAUCCAGAAGAUGCGCCAAGAAAAACAUCGAUCGAUAGGGAAGAGAGCUAGACAUGAAUCAGAAACAGAGUAUCGCCAAACAAACGGAGGCCCAGUCACCCUCUUAAACCCUGACAAGAUGGAGAAAUGUUUUGAAGAUGCCCUCGAAAAGAACAUGGACAAAUUUUCCUCGCAAGAGGCUCUCGACAAUCAGCGCGCCUACUACAAAAAUGAGAUCAAAUACUUCAUCAAUGUGGUAUGCAAAGCUGCCGUGGAGCGCCACUUGGUCUCCCCUCUGCCGGAGAUCAUUCUUUCCCCCUUGGUGGUUACUAAACUGACGGACAAGCAAAUUGAAUUCAUUGCUGCUGAGUCGCAUGAGAUUACACAGCAACGUGAGUAUCUUGAGAGUCGUAAGGUCAUGAUUGAAACUGGUAUGGAUAUCUUUCGGGAGGCGAUGGGAGGACUUGGACGCUAG